GGGGCGCGGGCGCCGCAGCCGGGCGCGCCGGAGCGGACGGCGGCGCGGAGCUGCCGCUGCUGCUGAGGCCGAGCGGCCGCCCGCAGCUGGUGGCCACGAGAUCUGAGGUGCCAGGACCCGUCAGCGGCAUGCCUGCUGAGCCCAGGAGCCCACCCCAGGCCACGAAUAUGAGCGGCCCGGCCUGGCCCGCCAGGACGCCGGCGCCUCAGUAGCAGAGCCGCCAGCCGGCCGGCGCGCACCUGUGACCUUGGCCUUGCAGCCUCGGCGUCCGCGUGGCAGGCGGUCACCGUGGAGAAGGCAGGCUAUCACAAACUGAUGGAUUUUGACAAGAAAGGAGGGAGAGCAGAGUUGGAGGAAGGCCGCAGGGUGUCCAAAGCUGGCGGGGGCCGCGGCAGCCACGGCCCGCGCGGCUCAGGCACCAGCUCGGGGGUCCUCAUGGUGGGCCCCAACUUCCGUGUCGGGAAGAAGAUCGGCUGCGGCAACUUCGGGGAGCUUCGCCUAGGAAAGAAUCUCUACACAAAUGAAUAUGUGGCCAUCAAACUGGAGCCCAUCAAGUCCCGGGCCCCGCAGCUGCACCUGGAGUACCGCUUCUACAAGCAGCUGAGCACGGCAGAGGGCGUCCCUCAGGUGUACUACUUCGGGCCGUGCGGCAAGUACAACGCCAUGGUGCUGGAGCUGCUGGGGCCGAGCCUGGAGGACCUGUUCGACCUGUGCGACCGCACCUUCACCCUCAAGACGGUGCUCAUGAUCGCCAUCCAGCUGAUCUCGCGCAUGGAGUACGUGCACACCAGGAGCCUCAUCUACCGCGACGUGAAGCCCGAGAACUUCCUGGUGGGCCGGCCGGGCUCCAAGCGGCAGCACGCCAUCCACAUCAUCGACUUCGGGCUGGCCAAGGAGUACAUCGACCCCGAGACCCGGAAGCACAUCCCCUACCGCGAGCACAAGAGCCUGACGGGCACGGCGCGCUACAUGAGCAUCAACACGCACCUGGGCAAGGAGCAGAGCCGGCGCGACGACCUGGAGGCGCUGGGCCACAUGUUCAUGUACUUCCUGCGCGGGAGCCUGCCCUGGCAGGGGCUCAAGGCCGACACCCUCAAGGAGCGCUACCAGAAGAUCGGGGACACCAAGCGCGCCACGCCCAUCGAGGUGCUGUGCGAGAACUUCCCAGAGGAGAUGGCCACCUACCUGCGCUACGUGCGGCGCCUGGACUUCUUCGAGAAGCCGGACUACGACUACCUGCGCAAGCUCUUCACCGACCUGUUCGACCGCAGCGGCUUCGUGUUCGACUACGAGUACGACUGGGCCGGGAAGCCGCUGCCCACGCCCAUCGGCACCGUGCACUCGGACCUGGCCGCGCAGCCGCCGCCCCGGGACAAGGGGCAGACGCACAGCAAGAACCAGGCGCUCAACUCCACCAACGGGGAGCUGAACGCGGACGACCCCACGGCCGGACACUCCAACGCGCCCAUCACGGCGCCCGCGGAGGUGGAGGCGACGGACGACACCAAGUGCUGCUGCUUCUUCAAGCGGCGGAAGCGGAAGUCCCUGCAGCGGCACAAGUGAGCGCCGCCCGCGCCGUGGCCGCCGGGGUCGGUGCGCGUCCGGGAGCCGCGGGGCCGUCG